UGCUGCUGCUCUCGACGCGUUUCUCCGGUGGCACUGCCUGACUGCCGCUGUGGGCAGCUCCCACCUGGAGACUCCUCCGUGCUCUUCGGCUCGACCCUCGCCUCUCUUUUCUAUAAACGAGCACAGUCUCGAGACAGUAUCUUGCUCCCUGCAUACGCUGCCACUGCUGUGCCUGUAGCGACCCUCUGUCGCCUCAUGCCGUAGCCCCAGCGCUCACAUCACCCUGCCAUUUAUGUCUCGACCUUGCCUGCCACGUGGAGGAACUGCUUCAUCCCAAUACACUCACAUCUGACGAGGCCUGAAGUCGCUGCCAUGAAUGCCGGGCAAGGAAAAGCCAAAGCUCGGAGAGAGCAAGUUGCCAAUGCUUGUGUCAUUUGCAGAACUGCCCAAUUCCCAGUGCUCCGGAGAGCAUCCGACAUGCUCACGCUGCCACGAACGUGGCUUCGAGUGCGAAUACGAUGUGUUGGAAGGCCUCACAAAACGGCAGCAGCUGCAGUACGAUCUGGACGACCGAGGCCGCAAGCUGGAGCAUGCCAUGGGCAUCCUCGAUCACUUGCAGUCCGGCAGCGAUCACGAAGCGGCAGAGUCCCUUGCGCGUUUGCGGACAGGGAGUUCUAUCGAAGACGAGUAUCGUCGCAUCCAAGCCUUCUCUCCACGCUCAUCAACACAGCGCACGACCUCCAGCGAGGAACUACAGCGUUCGAUCGAUAAACCCGACAAAGCGGGUGCAGACUAUCUCGCCACGCUUGCGCCUGGCAUGCAGAAUUUCAUGUAUACGCAAGCUUGGGAUGCGCGCAGUUGGAACAGUCGUGGUGGAGGUGGAAUGAGUGCGCCAACACCGGACAACAUCGACCCGCAGAUGUUGGCGGAAAGCAACAACACCACGAGCUACAACUAGAGUACAUCCUUCCCGGAGCUUCGGCGAGAUGUCCGAUGGAAACACUGCACAUUCCGCUGCGCACCUCUCGCAAGCCGUCGAUGUCCGGACUCACAAGGAGGGUCCACACAUCCCCACCCAUUGUCGCAGUGAUCGCGCCAGCGGUUGCAAUGCGCCAUACAUGAUGCCGCCGAUUAGUCGCGGAUGCUACUGCUGCAUACGAUAGAGGAUUCGUCCGACCUCCACGUGUGACGCGAGACGCCGUGUCCUGUUGUUGUCCCCUGUCGGAGGCAAUGCUUUGUUGUGCUGUGUUGAGCCUGGGCGUUGGAGCAGAACUUACAGAGCUUUGGCCUCGAGACAUUGUCCGAGACCAACUCCAUUUUACGACGUUCACGAACGAUACAGGUGUUCUCAGGGUCAGGGUCAAGGGAAGCGCGGCUGGUGUUCAGAAUAAUGUCUUGUUAUCAUCCCCAGAUCGCAUUUGUUGCACUUCCAAGCCUUCGAAUCACCUAUCUGUGCCACA